AUGCUUGGGUUCGAAAUGGCCAUGCUUUGCAACAUUGAGAGUUACGUCCCUUGUAAAAGAAACUUGUACAGCGGCUUGAUUGCAAGCCAAUAUUUUAUGUUUAUGAUGAGUUUUGCGAAAUAUAAUGACAAAAUCGAAGAAGGGAAUAUUGUUAUUGUAUAUCUAAAUCACGACAAUAUGCAUUCUUUGAAAGUGACACGUGGUCAAACUCAUCAGACACGGUUUGGUGCUUUGAAGCAUUCCGAUUUGAUUGGGGUUCGGUUUGGGAGCAAAAUUGUUUGCAACAAAGGAUGGUUAUACAUUUUGUUCCCGACACCAGAACUUUGGACUUUGGCUGUUCCUCACAGAACUCAGAUCCUGUACAGCACGGACAUCAGCAUGAUUCUAAUGCAGCUGGAUUUAAAACCUGGUGCUGUUGUUAUCGAAGCAGGCACAGGAAGUGGGUCUUUGUCUCAUGCUAUAAUCCAGUCGGUGAUGCCAACUGGUCACCUGUUUACGUUUGAGUUCCACGAAGAGAGAGCGAAGAAAGCGACAGUGGAGUUCGUGGAUCACGGACUUGCCGACUACGUGACGGUGGCCUGUAGAGACGUGUGUCAGCGCGGAUUCCCACACAACGGCGAGGCAGAUGCGGUCUUCCUGGACUUACCAUCGCCAUGGGAAUGUAUACAGAGUGCAAAACAAGCAUUAAAAAAAUCAGGUGGAAGAAUAUGUACAUUUUCUCCUUGUAUCGAGCAAGUGCAGAAAUCGUGUGAGAGUCUGACGUCACAUGGUUUUCAGGAAGUGAACACUCUAGAGUGUCUUGUGAGGAACUUCAGUGUGAGGAAUUUCUCCUUACCUACAGCCGACCUGGGACAGACGGAGUCCAGUGAUCUCCAGCCAGCCGUAAAACAUCUUAAAAUGGAGACGUCACCAAGCGCAACACUGCAAGAAGACACAAAGAAUGUAUCUGCAUCAAAAUCACCCGACAGUCGGAAAUCCAAGUCAACAACCGAAGACUGUUUUUCUUUUUCCGCGGGUGUUCCACCCAUUAACAUGCAAGGACACACCGGGUUCCUAACAUUUGCAACAUUGUACCCAUCUUUGUGAUGUACAUGUAUCAGCCACCAUCGACACUGGCAUUCCUAGAUUCACUACUCUUCAGAAGUCCAAUAUAUCAAAACAAAAUCAACAAAAUGAAACCUAUACGAAUGUAAAUAAAGACUUCUCAAUUUAUA